AUGAAACUAAACGAGAAAGACGCUGUUCAGCUUGGGCUAGACCCUCAGCUCCCUAGGCCUACAACAUCAACUGUCGCUAAGCAAUGGUCGAGGCGGAAAACUACCCAGGUCAUCCGACUGUCCGCCUUAUUGGGUAUCAUAUUCUAUCUCAGUAUCUACAAUUCCAACUUGUUUGGAGCUCAUCAUGGACAAAACGAUGCUUUCGUCACUCUAGAUGAUAGUAAACUCAAUUCAUACUGGCAUAGUAUCGCUACAAAGGGAAUGAAGUUCUCCCUCCCUCGACCUGAAAAACAUCCCGAUCAUGAUGAUCAUCAUCACAAACAUCCUCAUCAGCCUCAUGGACAUCUCUCACCUAGAGAAGCUGAGAAGAUCUUUCUUUCUGUUCCAAGUAACGAUAGUGCCGCGGCAGCGUCAGAGAGAUACACUUCAUACGCCCACCCAGCUGGAUCAGGAUACGAUCUCUAUUCAGCCCUCGCACUGAAGAACGAAUGGGAGAAGGAACUUGGCUUGAGAGUUUCGGGUGCGAAUGAAUUUGUGUACGAAGCUGGAUCGGCAGAGUCGCAAAGCAGGAUUAGAAAUGGUGCAGAUCAGUUGGGUGUUUGGGUUGAUACAUACUACCCAGUCCUCAAUACCCCCGUCCAUGCCUCUGUCACCCUACUCACCGAUACACCAUUCAAAGCGAAAUUGAGAGAAGAUAUAGUCGAUGGUGAUCCUGACUCGCAAUUACGAGAUGAAGUUCCAGUCUUCCACGGUCUGUCUGCUAGUGGAGACGUAAAGGCGAAAUAUGUCUAUGCUGGGUAUGGAAGAAAGAAAGACUUCGAUCUUCUACAAGAGAAAGGUGUCGAUUUCAAUGGGAAGAUAGUCUUGACCAAGUAUGGCGGUUCUUUCAGAGGUCUCAAGGUCAAAGCCGCUCAAGAAGCUGGUGCAGCUGGAGUGAUCGUCUUCACUGAUCCGGGAGACGAUGGUGAAAUUACCGAAGCAAAUGGAUAUGAAGCCUAUCCUGAAGGACCUGCUCGACAACCAAGUAGCGUUCAAAGGGGUAGUGUCCAAUUCUUAUCGAAAUACCCUGGAGAUCCAAGUACCCCGGGCGAACCAGCUUAUAAGAACGCUACAAGAGUCGAAAGUGGAAGUCAACCUUCUAUACCAUCAUUACCUUUGUCCUACGAAGAUGUUAUACCCCUCUUGAAAGCUUUGGAAGGAAAAGGUAUUCAUGCCUCUGAAUUAGGGUCUGACUUCACUGGUGGAUUGGAAUACCAUGGUGUUGAUUACUAUAUCGGUCCGAGCGAUGUUGACUUACAUCUGGUUAAUGAGAUGAACGAUAGAGUAUUACCUAUUUGGAAUACUAUGGCUGUGAUUCCAGGUCAUAUCACCGAUGAAGUUAUCAUCCUAGGUAAUCACAGAGAUGCUUGGGUGUUAGGUGCAUCUGACCCAAAUUCCGGAACAGCCUCUCAGUACGAGGUAGUCCGAGGAUUAGGAGCACUCCUGAAGAGAGGCUGGAAACCACUUCGAACGAUCAUCUUAACCAGCUGGGACGCGGAGGAGUACGGCUUGGUAGGAUCGGUAGAAUGGGCUGAAGAUUUCGGCGAUUGGCUGGUCGAUAAUGCGGUCGCCUACCUCAAUAUUGACGGAUCAGCUUCUGGAACCAACUUCCACGCUUCUGCUUCGCCCUCGAUAGCUUUAGCGCUCAAGGCUGCCGCUGAGGAGAUCAAUUCCAGCUCUGACCCCGAGAGAGCCGUUUAUGAUACUCGAUAUGACGGCGGUAAUUGGGAAGAAAUCAGUGCUGUCAAUUCAGGCGAAGGGCAAUUUGAGACCUUGACUGUUGCCGGUGGUUCUGGAAUUGGUGCUUUGGGAUCCGGAUCGGAUUAUACUCCUUUCUUACAGAGAUACGGUAUCGCUUCAAGUGAUUUGGGAUAUAAAGGUGGUCCUAGGGAUCCUGUUUACCAUUACCACUCGAUAUACGAUUCUCAUACCUGGCAAGCUAAAUACGGCGACGUCGGGUUCCACAGACACACUGAUGCCGCUAAAGUGAUCGGCCUUUUGACAUUAAGAUUGGCUGAUACCUUGAUUCUACCAUUGAAUACAACUCAAUACGCCCGUGACCUGCAAUACUACCUAGAAAAGGUCCAAGACAUAGCCAAUUCCUCCUCGUUGCUACUCGAUGGGUCGAUCAAUUUCGAUGCACUUGAAUUAUCGAUCGAAUCGGUCGGAAAGGCUUCUACCAAAUUAGACAAGGAGAAGAAGGAAUUGGUCGAAAAGCUCAGGAAGCUAUUACCCAAACCUAAAUUCGAACUCAACGGACCGUCCUUUGUGUCUAGAAUAUUUGGUAAAGGAUGUAAUCAUCACCAAGAUGUGGAUGCUGAGGAUAUCAAACUUCCCAUUCCCCACUUACCCAUCCCCAAAAUACCCUCACCCCACAAGUUGAAAGAGAUCAAAGAGGUUUUGAAAGAAAUAAGAGUGGUUAAUAAGAAACUACAACAUUUCGAAUAUGGGUUUAUCUCUGAAAAGGGAUUGAAGGACCGAGAGUGGUACAAACACAAGAUCACCGCCCCAGGUCUAUGGCUUGGAUACGGCGCGACCACCUUCCCAUCCAUCACUGAGGCGAUUACCAUUGAUCAUUCAUCUAGUCUUGCACAGAAGGAAGUGGACGAUGUUGCUCAGUUGUUGAACAGUGUGGCUCAGAAAUUGAAUGCCUAA